CUCUUAUUAUGAAAGUCACGCUGGUUAGACACGUGCUGCCGCUCAAGUCCUUCACUCGGCAGCAGCUGAGGUCAACCGGAGGACUGAGUGAAGUGACGGGAGAGAAGUCUGUGGAGGAACCCCCUAAUCUCUAGCAGAAUGGUGAUGAGGGUAAGAGGGCUGCCAGGUAAUGGAUAGAUGGCCACGAUGACACAUGAGACCCUCACCAGCACCCGGCUGUCUGUCAAAGCUGCUGCCCUGCGCAUGGUCGACCUCCCGCUGUCCGUGUGCGGCUCUCUGGCUCAGGUGAGUGUCAGCACAGGCACCAAGAAGCUGUUGGCUGCCACUGCCUUCGGCGCCGUCUCGCUCCUCUUCCUUGCACGUCACUUCCAGAGGAGGAAGGGCAGGAAGAAGACUCCCUCGCCUCAGUGGGAGCAGGCCGGCUUUGAGUUUUUCUCCCCGGCCUCAGCAGAGAACGAUAGCACCAGUCAAGACGUCACUCUCUCCCUUGACUCCAACAAUGACGGCUCCUCCGGUCUGGUUCUCACGUCAGGACGCUACAGAAAGCUGUCUGGGUCUCUGCUGAGCCUGGCCUCGGUGAGAAGCAUGAAUUCCUCCAGCAGCAGCACCUGCGCAAAUGACUCCACCUGUUGGGACCGAGCGGGGGAAGCCGACAUGUGCAGUGUGGUCAACGUACCUGUCACCACACCUGAAAACCUCUAUCUUAUGGGUAUGGAUUUAUUUGAGGAGGCUCUCAGGCGAUGGGAGGAAGCGCUGACAUUCAGGAGCAGGCAGGGCGACGACGAUGCCAGCUGUGCAGCCGUCAAAACUGGAGCUGGAGACGCCAUCGCUGAGCAGAGCAUGGAGGAUGUGAUCAGUGCAGAGUUCAUCCACAGGCUGAGGUCUCUGCUGCAGAGAGCUUACAGCCUCCAGGAGGAGUUUGAGGGAGUGUUGGGCAUGUCGGAGCCCUCGUCCCACAGCAGCAGCAGCAGCAGCAGCCAGGAUAAAAUGGCGGACAUUUUGGCCCAAGAGGAGCUGGAUGACGCCUGUCUGAGAGACAGCAUCAGCAUCGCCUCCACUGACUCAUUUGUGUCUGCUGCUGAGCUGUCGGAGCACAGAGAGCUGAGGAGCGCCUUCGCUCUGGGUCAUCACCCUUUCUACGAGGAGGCGCUGCAGAUGGCCGAGGAUGGCAAGAUCUCCUGCAGGGUGCUGCGGACUGAGAUGCUGGAGUGUCUCGGAGACAUGGACUUCUUGGCCAAGUUGCACUGUGUGAGGCAGGCGUGCCAGCUCAUAUUGCGCGAGAGAACGACCAGGAUGUUUCUGGCCGACACGGGAAAGAAAAUACUGUCUUCCAUUAUAGUUAAAGCACAGAAGAGCCCAAACAGAUUUGAGGAGGUGUUUGAAGAGAUGAUUUCCUUCCUGGAACACACCGAGCACUGGGAAAACACAGAGGUGGAGCUGGCAACACGAGGGGUGAAGCACUUGAACUUUUAUGAUGUAGUGCUGGACUUCAUCCUGAUGGACUCGUUCGAGGACCUGGAGAAUCCACCAAUCUCCAUCCAAAACGUGGUCAACAACCGCUGGCUCAACAGCUCCUUCAAAGAGACGGCGGUGGCAUCGAGCUGUUGGUCACUGAUGAAGCAGAAACGACGGCACAUGAAGGUGCCUGACGGUUUCAUCGCCCAUUUCUACGCUGUGUGUGAACAGAUCAGCCCCGUUCUCGCCUGGGGCUUCCUGGGGCCCAAGAGCUCCCUGCACGACUUCUGCUGCUUCUUCAAGGAUCAAGUGCUUCACUUCCUGAAGGACAUAUUUGACCUGGACAAAGUGCGUUACUCCUCUGUGGAGAGUCUAGCAGAGGACAUGCUCCACCUGCUGCACCGGCGCUCUGAACUGUUGCUGGCCUACCUUGGAGCUGACACCCUGCGACACGUCAACAGCUGCAACCCCAAACAGGUACAGCUGGUGCCCAACACCCUGCUGGAGGCACAAGUGCAGUGAGAGAUGGGAACUUAUGUCCAAAUAAAACCCACGGUCAUCAAACACUACACACGCAGAGAUCUGAAUGUUUAUGUCUAAAUGUAUAUCUUCACGCAAACCACUGGACCAAAGAAAACGACCUGAUUAUCCACCCAUCCGGUGCACAGAAGAGGUUAAACCAGACGCUCACUUAAAAACUUCUCGGAUCCACUCAUCACAUCCCCCAUCGUGCUGUGGAUCCACAUGAACUGUACCAGCUGUAUGCCUUCACACUUGAUCGUCAUCUCCUCUCCCCGAGCCUUUUCACUGUGCCAUAGGAGCAGAGCGCACAUUAGUUUUAAAAAUAUCAUAGCAAUAAUAUUCGUGACUUGAACUUGCUGUGAGAUUGUAUUAAUUCUCUUGCAGUACAUAUUAUGCUGUAUACAUUAGGGAAUAUUUAUUGCCAGAGAGCAUCUGUGUGUGGUGAAGAAGGAGUUUUACAGUGUUUAUUUUACUAUACAGCUACAUGAUGCAGGCUUUAUUUUUUUUUUUUAGAGGUUGGAGUUUUAUGCAGCAGCGGUUUUGUCGUCAGCUUCAAACAUUCAGUAGUGUGAAUUUCAGUGUUGUAUAAUAGGCUUUAUCAGAGAUUUAUUAGAUGCAUCUCUGCAUCCUAUUGAGCAUCAGCAAUGCAAACCCAUUAAAUGUGCUCUGUGCUUUUGUUACAAGCACAUGUUGCCCAGAGGAGUCGCUAACAAAGGGAUUCGGCAUUGCGAAACGUGUUGACUGGAGUCACUUACUUACAUUAAAGGGAAAUUUGUUUUCGGGCACAAAGCCCAUAAUCCCAGCAUAGCGUCACCUUCAGGAAAGGAAAGAUUAUACACCACUAUUGCUUACUCCUGCAGCUGUGACAACAAUUUGUGCCACUCAGUUGUUUUUGUGACAGGUAAACACACAAGAAGCCUUACUGUGAAUGCACAUAUUGAAGCCUUGAGUUCACCACUGAAUGUCAGUCUGCAGUCUGUGUUUUUCUACCUGUCGUUUAAAAAAAAAAACAAAAAAAACACUACAAUGGAUUAUUGUCUGUACACACACACAGCAUGACAGAUUUGAGCAGUGGAGGAAACAGGAAACCUAUGCUGAAGACACACUUCAUUGCAAAAUACUACACAGCUAUUUAGAAAUGACUGGUGUUAAAUGUAACUGACAGGUUCACAUUUUUUUGAGGUGUCUUUUAAAACAACACCCACAUGUUCAUAUGUACCUUGAAAUCUUCCUGAGGUGAUUCCAAAACUAACUGAUGUGGGACAAAUUCCACAGUCCUCCUUAGUGUGAUUUCCUCAAUCAAUCUGGAUGGUAAACUGAGCACAUUUGGACAAAACAAGCCAAUUCCAAUCAGCUGGGACUGACGUACCAGAGACCACAUUAAUAAUCGGGAAAACAAAACUCAGAUUACUGAACAAUUAGGUUUAUGCUGACCUACUUUCUUGCCUCAACUGCAGUGGAGGCACAACUUUGCAGAAGGCCAGUAAAGAUUUUGUCCCUCAUCACCGACAGCAGAAUUGCAUCAGGAUUGGAAGCUUUCAGGGCCAGUAUGAAAAGGAGACGUGACAAAUCAAGGUACAAAUGACCACUAAUUCCAUUAAGACAGACUGGAAAGCCAAGUCUCUGGAUGUUGACAACUCACAGGGAAGAAAAUUUUACAUUUGUGUGUUCACUUUGUUUUUGUGCAUAAAAGAAGAAAAUAAAGAACGAGAAUGUGUUUGA